AUGAAACAGCUGCAACAGCUGUUAAGAAUCAGUGUUGGUUUGCGACCAAGAGCGAAAGAUGACCGAGACGUAUCCAAUGAUGGACGCGGCAGACACCGCGACUCGGAGCGCAACAGGGAUAAGGAGCGUGACAAGGAGCGUGACAAGGAGCGCGACAAGGAAUACAGCAAGAGCGAGCGCCACCAUCGCACCAAAGAGAGCAACAAGGAGAGCGACUAUAAGCGCGAACGUGAACGUGAGCGUGAGGAGCGUCGCCAUGGCAGUGGCAGCGGUCGGGACAGAGACAGAGACAGGACUGGCUCCAGGCAUCAGCAGGGUAAAGAGGCGCGCUAUAGCGACAACCCGCGCAACUAUAACUCCUCCUCCUCCACAUCUUUGACGUACAAAUCUCAGUCACAGUCACAGCAGCUGCAGCAGCCGCAGUCGCGUCGCUCCUAUGACGAUCGUAACAGACGUCGCUCUCGUUCCCGCUCGAGAUCUGGAUCCCGCACACGCACGCCCAUCGAGGCGCCCGGCAGCCGCCGGCGUCAUGCGACGUCUCAGCCAACACGCAAAUACCGCAGACGUGGCUCGCACGAUUCCAGCAGCCGUUCCAGAUCGCCACCCGCUUUAAAGUCCAGCGAGCCGCUGUUGAAGGCCGCCUAUCCCUCGUCUGGGCUGCUUGGCAAGCCGCCGGGUCAUGGCAUGCCAUACAACCCACCUGGUGGUGGUGGUGGUGGGUGUGGUUCGGCAGCCUCGAUAGCAGCUGCAACAGCAGCCGCUGUGACAGCCAACAUGUCGUCGGGAGGCGGUGUUCCCGGAGGUGGGCUACUGCCCACGCCGAAUUAUGCGCCCAAAAUACCAUCGUUAAUGUCGCUCGAGCUGAAUACACCGCCCAGCGCCCUAGUCGAAUCGCAGUCGUCGGCUGUGCAACUGCCCAAGUACUAUAAUCCGGGCAUUAUCAAUGCCAACCGCUAUGCCGAGCAACAGCAGAAGCGGAAGCUGUUGUGGGGGUCCAAGAAGAGCGAGGAUUCGGCCAACAAGUGGGGCAAUGCGCAUUUCUCUCAGGACUCCGAUGGCAAGGUGGCAUCCAAGUUUAUGCGGCUCAUGGGCAUCAAGAAUGCCACCAACAACAAUACAAAUCCCAGCAACAACAACAACAACAGCCAAAACAAUGGCGGACCCAAUGCGGAUGCAACGACUGACCCAACCUGCAGCAGCAGCAAUGGUAAUGGCGGUGGGGGAUCUGUGCCCACCGACGUCCAGCUACGCCAGCGCAUGUUCUCCAACAUGGAGCAGCAGUACGAGGUGGCACGCGCCGCCACCCAUACGAUGCGGGGCGUCGGCCUUGGCUUUGGCUCGCAGCCGCGCAGCUUUUGAGGCGUUCGAGUGGAUGCUGUAAAUAGAAGGUUAAGAAACUCGUUAAGUCACCCGCAAGAACUAUUCUAAAUAUAUCUGUUCGCAAUAUUUAUUUGUGUUAACUACAAAUAUCUU